CAAUUCGACUUUUGACCAACGUAGAACCGCAGCGCGUAUGUUUGCAAGUUUUCUUUUGCACAAUCGUCUUUAGUUUUUUUGUUUUGAAAUCUAAAACGCGUUUGCGGCAUUUUUACAAAGAAAAUAAGAAUUGAAUUACGACCGCCAAGUGAUCGCAUGCCAAGCAAAUAAACAUCGACUCAUUCCGAUACUAAAGCAUGGAAAAACACAAUAUAAACAAACAAAAUAUGAAAUAAAGAAAUUAUUUAAUGAAGAUCAAAAAAGAGCCUUACAAAAAAAAAAAAAUAAAUAAUUGCUAGAAGAAGAUUUGAGCAAAACAAAGCAAAGGAACUCUUCGCAUAAAAAGUGCAAUUCCAAGAAAAUUUUCUUUUAAUUAAUGCAAAAAUCAUUUCAUUUUGCGGUGAGAACAAAGUCAACGAUUGAGAACAAUAAGUUGUUCGUUGAAUGCAGUGUAGUGUUGCAAUAUUUUACGAAUUAAUUCUUUUUAAAUUCACACGGAUUACACGAAAAUCUUCAAGAACACUUCGAGAACAAAACGACGAUAAGAAUUCCAUAACCAAUGAUGUUGAUUAAAGCAUGAGCUCAAUUUUAUUGUCAUUGCCACAACGUUAUAAGCGACAAUUGCAAGCAAUGACUUUGGGCGUCAUCAUCAUUUACACCACUUUGGUGUUCUACCAAAGUUCAUAUGGAUAUCCAAAUAUCGAUAUUUCUCAAAAUCCAUCACAAAAAUAUCUCAAUAAAAUCAGCGAAGUUCAAACCCAUCAUUUAAAACUAUUGCAAUAUGAUGCAUCGAGUACAAAUUCACCUCCAUUGGCUUCGUCUAACUCAGCAUCACUCAACAUCUCCCCUGCAGCCUCACAGUCACUUAGGCCUAUGGAAACUCUUUCGAAUCCCGUCCACACCUCUGUCAUACAACCAACAACGGUGAUAAUUCGCAAAGAUUUUCAUAGUUUUAAUUUUUCCGACAUUGAAUUGCCGGUGGAGAGGCCUACCGCAUCGGUGCAUUAUUUGAGAAAUAAGCAUUUAAUGCAUGAUUUGUCACAGCGUUCAGUGACGGGAACACCAAAGCCUCCAACCACAGAGUUGGAUGAUAUUUUCAUUAGUGUGAAAACAACAAAGAGUUAUCAUGACAGUCGAUUGGCAAUGAUUGUCAAGACAUGGUUUCAAUUGGCCAAAGAUCAGACAUGGUUUUUUACUGACACCGAUGAUGCCUUCUAUCAAGAAAAAACAAACGGCCAUUUAAUAAACACCAAAUGUUCCCAGGGCCAUUUUCGUAAAGCUUUGUGUUGCAAAAUGUCUGCAGAAUUAGAUGUUUUCCUAGAAAGCGGUAAAAAAUGGUUCUGUCACUUUGACGAUGACAACUAUGUGAAUAUACCACGCCUGGUUAAGCUGCUCGAUGAAUACAGUCCCACCGUUGAUUGGUAUUUGGGCAAGCCCAGCAUUUCAUCGCCCUUGGAAAUUCAUUUGGAUAGUAAAAAUACGACAUUGAACAAAAAGAUUACAUUUUGGUUUGCAACAGGUGGUGCUGGCUUCUGUCUGAGUCGAGCCCUUACAUUGAAAAUGCUGCCCAUAGCAGGUGGUGGUAAAUUCAUAAGUAUUGGUGAUAAAAUACGAUUUCCUGACGAUGUUACCAUGGGUUUUAUUAUAGAACAUCUUCUCAAGGUCCCCCUGACUGUGGUGGACAAUUUCCAUUCCCAUUUGGAGCCCAUGGAAUUCAUACGACCCGAUUCGUAUCAGGAUCAAGUCUCCUUUAGCUAUGCCCUAAUGAAAAACCAAUGGAAUGUGGUCAAAGUCGAUGGGUUUGAUACCAAAACUGAUCCGAAAAGAUUUUAUUCGCUGCACUGCAAACUGUUUCCCUACUUCAGCUACUGUCCUCACAGAUGAUUAGAUCUUUAGGUGCAAACGUGUUUGGCCAGCUGCCUUGCCCUGGCCAAUUGUUGUUGGCAGUGCUCUUGUGUUAUUUGUUAAACGGCAGAAGAAAGUAAUUUUUUGUUGAGAAUCUGUGAUUUAGUUUUUUAAUAAGAAAAUCAAAUUUGUUUAUGUAUGUGUGAGUUUUUUUUUUCAAAAAAAAACCCCAAAUUGUAUGCUUCCCCAUUUAUUUAUUCAUUGUGAACUACUUUAAGUAUAAGUUGUUAAAUUUAGAGAUAUGUGAAGAAAAAGGUUUAAAGAUGCUCGCAUGGAAGGGGUUGAUAGUAAAGAAACCAAAAGAAAUUUUAAUUAAAAAUUUGGAAAAAAAAUUUUGGAAUUUGAGACAUACGGAUGCAAGAGUAUGCAUGCAAAAAGUUUGGUUAUCUGCUCUAAGAUGCACCCCCCCUUGAAUCGGGUUUAUCUUUUUCAAUGUCUAUCCCCAGUGUCGUUUAAAGGACAAGUAAAUACCAAACAAAAUCGUAUCGAAAUAAAAUCGAAAUUCAGUUUAUGAAGAACGUGACAUAUUAGUAGCUCCCAUAUAAACCGAUCUCCCGAUUUGACUUCUUGAGCCCUUACAACGCGUGGUUUUAAUCCGAUUUGGCUGAAAUUUUGCUAUAGUGUUCUGUUAUGACUUCCAGCACUUAUGUUAAGUAUGGUCCGAAUCGGUGGAUUUUCUGAUAAAGCUCCCAUAUUAACCGAUCUCUCGAUUUGAUUUCUUCAGCUCCUGGAAAACGCAAUUUUUGUCUAAAUUGGCUGAAAUUUUGAAUGUGGUGUUCUGUUAUGACUUUCGACACUUAUGUUAAGUACGGUCCGAAUCAGUGGAUAUCCUGAUAUAGCUCCCAUAUAAACCAAUCUAAAGGUUUGAAUUCUUCAGCCCCUGGAAAACGCAAUUUUUAUCCGCUUUGGCUGAAAUUUCGCAUAUAGUGUUCUGUUAUGAUUUUCCAAAACUGGGCCCAGUACGGUACAAAUCGGUCUAUAACCCAUAUUUUAGCAGAAUCCAUGGUAGUUGGUUCCCAAAAUUCGACCUGGCCGAGCUUAGCACGCUUUUUUUGGUCUUAUACCCUACACGACUACUGUGGUACAGGGUAUUAUAACUUAGUGCAUUUGUUUGUAAUACCCAGAGAGAUGGAGAUAGGUAUACUGAUCGACUCAGAAUCACUUUCAGAUUCGAUUUACCUAUGUCCGUCUCUCUGUCUGUCCGCCUGUCCAUGUUAAUUUGUGUACAAACUACAUGUCGCAGUUUUCAUCCGAUCGUCUUGAAAUUUGGUACAGACAUGUACCGACCUAGACCUAGAGACGAUGCCUAUUGAAA